UUUGGAAUGGCUGUUGGACCGGCAAGACGUGAUGAUACAUAGGGUUGGUGACCUAAAACUUUUGGGCAGCGAGGAAGAUUACCAGAAAGUGAUGAUAUUUUUCGCUGAAGUUAUCCAGAUGUUUGGCAAAAGCAUUGAAGUUCGACAACAAGUUAUUGCGACAGCGACUGUAUACUUUAAACGAUUUUACAGUCGUAACUCGCUCAAAACAAUUGAUCCAUGGCUGAUGGCCGUCUCUUGUUUGUUUCUGGCGUCUAAAGUUGAGGAGUUUGGCGUACUUUCCCAGAAGAAUCUCCUCGCAUCUUGCAGAAAUGUAGUACACGCUCACUAUUCCGCUUACUUUCCUGACGGUUUUGGUUACCCAUACCGUGCUCAAGACAUCCUUGAAUGUGAAUUUAUCCUAUUAGAGGCAAUGGACUGCUCGUUAAUCGUUUUCCAUCCUUAUCGCCCGCUGGUGCAGUUUUGCGAGGAGUUGCGACCACAGUUGCACGAGUUAGCCGACUUGUUACUGGAACGUGCUUGGUGGAUUAUUAACGAUAGCUUCCGCACUGAUGUCUGUCUCCAUUACCCCCCUUACAUCAUCGCCUUGGGUUGCUUACAGACGGCGUUCGUUCUUCUGGCUAAUAACACAGAUCUGCUCUCUGGUUCUUCCAACUCUUCCAACGUGACUGGCUCUUCUGGUCGACACACAUAUUUCGCACAUCAGCCACAGCCAUCUGUGAAUCCACUUACUGUGGCUGACCGAUGGUUCAGUGAACUCAAUGUUGACAUGGAUAAGGUACUGGAAGUCACUCGUCAACUACUCAGUCUGUACGAUCUCUGGCGCCGUUUUGACGAAUCUGCUGAAAUGCCCAGCUUACUACUCAAGAAAAUUCCCAAACCCACCGUUCAGCCUCCGCCCACACCUCCAAGCUCAAGUGCUUUUGGGAACACAGCAAAUGCGCCCACGAAUGCAGCAACCGGUGCGGGGGAGCGGUGCUAGUCAGUCAUCGGCUAGUUGUGGGCCUCCUGCUCAUACAUCACUGAUGGGCGGAAGCGGCGGGGCUGCGGGUGGCGGCGGUGGGGGAGCAAGCAACCUAACCGACCCGCAACCGCAGCCUCAUCAUCAUCACACUUCGGCUCAGGCCAACCGCCCGGCUCCCAGUGCUUUGCGCAUUCAUCCCCAACAGCAACAACAGCAGCAGCAGCAACAACAACAACAACAGUCCUCUCAGCAGCAAGGUAUACCACCUUCAGGUGUGCGAUGAUGAAUUGUUGCAUCUGAAACGCCGGCCCUCUCACGUCGUAUUUUCCCACUUGUUUAGAUGAAUUUGCCUCGCGACUUACCUUCGUACCACUAAAUACAAUGUUUGCCUCCGUGUUUACGUAUUUUUGUAUUCGGGUAGGGGCUAACACGCUUUGACACCUUAGCGGUUAUGUUAUGGGCUAACGAAAUUUUAGCAGAUAGUAGAUACUGAACACUUGUGGAGGCUAUCCUUGCCCUGGAUGAUCUGCUCAGAGCUUUAUUUUUAAUGUGAUGCAUGAAAUUCGCUUUUGUGUUUUGCACACGACAUUGACUCCAACCGCAAACUGCCUCAAAUAUUUACAUAUCCGGUAUCAAUAAAUUCACUGCAUGUACUGCGAACUUUCGGUGUCACAUCUUUGUUUUUAAAUUGCUUCAUUUACGGUCAGCAAUCACAUGAGCAUCUUUUCACCGAUUUUCGUGGGCUUGUACUGCAAAUUCCCUUCGGGUACACUCCGUAAGCACUCACCUAUCUACUACUUAUUUCCCGAUGAACGUAUUGUCCCAGUGAUGGCUGUUUGGCAUCUCUUCUCGCCUUAAGCACCGAACUACGACAGCUUGUCAUUCACUAGAAUCAUGCAUCGUUGUUAACAUCACGUAAACGCUUCCUUUCAGU